GUUACUCUCAUAUCAACACCAUCGAGAGUUGGUGACGGUUGAUGAAUUGCUUAACCGGGAAUCAAGUAGUCCUCAAAUUGUAUUUCCAUACGCAAUGUGAAAAGUGUAAACGAGAAGUGAAUUUUGUAAAAUAAUUUCCAUAAAUUGGCCACGAAUAAAAACCAUUUACCAAGUAAUAUUUUUAAUUAAAUUAUUAAUAUCGAAAACAGAACAAAUUUGUGUUAAAGCGCAAUACCGAGUCUUACCUUGACUCUGGUACAUACAACUAUUAAUUACUACUUGAAAGGUGUGGUGAAAUACUUUCAUUGGCAAGAAUAACUAAAUUUUUAUAAGCAUUAUAUAGCAACGGCAGUCACUCAACAAUGAAAGAUAAGCUGGAGGAAUCAAACAAUAGUAGAAAAGCAUCAACGUUGGUCCAUGAAAUGGACCUAGAUGAAUCGGAACUGAAUGAUCCAUUUCAAGCUCUAAUGGAGAAGGCCGGCAAUCAUGGACGCUAUCAGACAUUGUAUAACUAUAUAUUUGUGUCAGGAUUGGCCCUUGCCGGCGCCAUGAUCUAUAUGAACAUUAUCUUAGCCCUCAACAUUCCCGAUCAUUGGUGCACUGUGCCAGGCAGAGAACAAACCGAUUUCACACUGGAUCAAUGGCGUGAAAUGACACUGCCAAAAAUGAAAGAUAAUCGAGGCAAGUUAACUUCGCACAAUUGUGAAAUGUAUGAUAUGAAUUUUACACAAAUAACCGAUUGGUCGACUUGGAACAUAAGUCAGCGGACAAAUCUAACCACAGCUUGCCAAAAUGGCUGGACCUACGAUACGACUUGGUACGACAGCACAAUUCCAACGGAGGAGAACUGGAUAUGUGCUAAGGAUUUGUUUGUAACAAAUGUGUUCGUUGUGGGUCGUGUGACAGAGGUUGUCGGUUCAUUUAUAUUUGGACAAAUGGGCGAUUCACUUGGUCGCCGUUUGGUCUACUACAUUAGCGUCGUCUUUUGCUCUGUGGGUCGCCUGGGUUCCAUAUUGUGCACUGGGUCGUAUACGUGGUUUCUUAUCAUGUCCGGCAUUGUUGGCCUCACCGUAAAUAGUCUCUUUCAAUCGCCGCAAAUUAUUGGCAUGGAAAUCUCACGGGAGGAGGAUCGCAGUCGAAUUGCGUUCUUUCAGAGCGUCGGUUGGUCCGUUGGCACAACGUUGAUGCCACUGUUGUUCUGGUGGUUGCGCCACUGGAAUUCCUUUAUGUGGCUGACAUCGCUACCCACAGCGAUGGUUUUAAUUUUCUCCAAAUACGUCAUCGAAUCACCGCGCUGGUUGAUUAGCAAACGUCGUUUCCGCGAUGCCAUUGUCCAGUUCAAAAAGAUUGCCAAAAUUAAUGGUCGUAGCUUCGAUGUGACCGAGAAAGAGCUGACCGAAAUCUAUAGCCGGGACAAUCAUGAGGUUACCUAUGGCAUGGCAUCCCUAUUUAACGGCUGGCGCUUGGCCCGCAAUACCAUCAUCAUGGGCUUCAGCUGGUGCGUUGUGGCCGUUUCAUACUUCACAUUGAUUCUGUUUACCUCGCGAAUGGCGGGAAAUCCGUUUUUGAACUUUUUUUACCAAAGCAUUGUCGAAAUUCCUGCCUUCAUGUUGGGCAGAUACUUUGGUGACAAAUAUGGUCGACGUUUGACCAAUUCGGUUACCUUUCUACUCGCCUUUUUCACCUGCCUGCCCAUCGUUUUCUAUGCCACGGAUGACCGUUUCGAGUGGCUGAUGAUCUAUUUGGCCACCUUUAUCAAGUUCCUCAAUGCGUUAACAUUCUUUACGGUCAAUCUGCAAUGCCUGGAGAUUUACCCGACGUGUAUGAGACAAACGGGACUCGCAUUGGGCACAAUUCUGGCAAAUGGCAUUGGUGUAUUGGCACCGUAUCUGGUUUAUCUGGGAACGACUGUGAAUAUCUGUGCACCAUACUAUAUAUUGGGCACCCUGUUUCUGCUGGGCGGAAUCAGUGGCCUCUUCCUGCCCGAGACAAUGCACAAGAAGCUACCAGACACCAUGGAGGAGGCCACCAACUUUGGCAAGCACGAUAAAUUCUUCAGUCUGCCAAAAGCGCCGCUGGCGCAGGACAAGAAGCUGGCAUCGGAGCCGGAGUUAACCAAGCUGAAUCAGCCGGCAUUUGGGCCAUGAUGGAGCCAUCCAAACGCAGUGGCAAUGGCAAUUGAUUUGCUUUCUCACUUUCUUACCUUUUUGUUGGCCCGGUUUUUUUUUUGUGAUGUUACAUUAAGUACGCCCCAAGUAUUACGAAUAAACUGUUGUUAUUAUGCUUAACA